CUUGCACGUGCCCGCCACCCGACGACUUCACUCCGUUGCCCGAGUCGUCCUCUUAAGUCGGUCCCUUCCUCAAUUUAUCCACCGCAAUUUAGUCAUUCCUCGCAGCUAAUUCUUAUGGAGAUUACUAGAGAUUCAACAUUCGGUGAGCACGAUCAUGGUCGCCGUCAUUUUUCGCCCGGCAUCGACCUCUUUCCGACCAACAAAACCGUCGCCGGCGACGCCGGCGACUACAGUUCGAAGGCGGACGGCCAGCGCGCGACGGUGGGCGAGAUGGAUUUCUUCGCCGAGAGGGACGACAACAGCCUCCCGUCGACGUCGACCAGGUUGGAUCACGAUCAUGUACCCGAUCUCAAUCUCAAGAAAGAAGAUCUCGCCAUGAAUAUUGGCUUCCGAGCGAUUCCUCCGGCGUCGGUUGAGAAUAAGAUUAUUAUUGCGAAGAGCGAGACAGAAGAGAUGCGAGCAGAGCUCGCAGGGUUGAAAGAGGAAAACCAGAGGCUGAGGGAAUUGCUCAACGACGUCUGCGAGAAGUAUAGAUCCUUGCAGGAUCACUUCAUCAAGCUACUGCAGGAACGCAAAGGAGGGAAAGUCCACCAGGUUGAUGACAAGGUAAAUAAUAAUGGGCGAAGAGAGAAGCGAGGGGAGGACGGAUCCAGUCUGCCAAGGCAAUUCAUUGAUCUCCAACCUUCUUUGAUAUCGGCCAAGGAAGAGUCUCUUGACACAGAGUUUACUGGUGAGGAUCGCUCUUCCUCUCCCACUAAUCUCGACGCAGAGGAAAUGGCAGUGGCAGCUUCGCUGCCCAAGGCUCAGCAGCAGCUGGACAACGAAGCAACCUUAAGGAAGGCUCGGGUCUCGGUUCGAGCUCGAUCGGAAGCCUCAAUGAUAAACGACGGCUGCCAUUGGAGAAAAUACGGGCAAAAGGUGGCGAAGGGAAACCCCUGCCCUCGAGCUUAUUACCGCUGCACCAUGGCGAGCAGUUGCCCUGUUCGAAAACAGGUUCAACGGAGCGCCGAAGAUCGGAGUGUGUUGAUAACAACCUACGAAGGGGUUCACAACCACCCGCUUCCUCCGGCGGCCGUCAGCAUGGCCAGGACCACUUCGGCGGCCGUGUCCAUGAUGUUGUCUGGAUCCACGUCGAGUGGCGACCAAGCAUUGAUCAACUCCAACAACUUACUCGUCAAAACAAUCCUGCCGACGGCGAUGAUUUCGGCAUCGACUCCGCUCCCGACCAUUACGCUCGACUUCACCGGCGUCGCCGAUCCUCUCUGCCAGCAGAGGUCGGUGGGGAAUGCUUCUCCGUUUCAAGUGCUCCCGUUUUCCGACGGCAACGCGCCGAGCGUCGAGGUAUUGGGCAAACACCAACAGCAAUCCCAUUUCUCGUUGUACCAGAUGCCAACAGGCGACCGCGACGCCUGCACAGGCGGCGGAGCGACGGCCGAGUUUUUGCCGUCGAAGCCACACCCGUCGGUGUCGAGGCCGCUUGCUGAGACGGUAAGCGCGGCGACCGCGGCUAUCACCAAAGAUCCCAAGUUCACCGCCUUGCUUGCCGCCGCAAUCUCCUCCGUCAUGAGCCGCAAAGACGACAGCAGAGACUGAAUACGAUGAGCAUUAGAGAUUUUUUUUUUUCCGAAUUAAUUAGUUAGUUGUCACUUAAGUUAAACAGCACGUAAAGGGAAAGUGAAAUAAUUAUCUGUA